GGCUUGCUCUUUCCACUGUUCUCUAAUUUCUUUAGUAGUUCUCCACACCCGAAUCACUUCCAAGCUCCUUAUGAACUCGGAAAUGUAUUCAUAUCCCGGCUAAAGUUUAAGCCCAAUAUUCAAGUGUCGGAACAUGGUCGCUCUUUCCAGAAGGCUCACCUCAAUCUGUUCAUGGCAACUUGCCCAGACCGGCCUAAACAGGAAGCUUCCAAGGCUUGCAGGCUGAGGAACUGGGGUUAGCUUGGCUAUCAUUGGUAUGAACUACAAUACCCUCGAUCGCCCUGGACAUCCCAAUCGUAGUGCUGCCUCCAACGCUGGACGUUCUGUGUCCAACGCACAACAUCACGUUGCGCACCAUAGGAUCGAUCCGCGAAUCUGGCUCUGAGCCUCGCCGCCAAUCGAGGAGAGGGAAGUCGACCUUUAUCUGAUAUUGAACAGCGUGAUUUUUUCUGUUCCUGACCCUCCGGCUUUCUAUAAAAACAACUUCGCUCUCUUCUACCUUCCCUCAGGGAUCCCACUUGGACUCCCAGUACCUCGACCAAGCAGCCCCAUUCACAAUGCCUUUCAACUUCGGUCACCGCGGCACAGCUAACGUCCACGGUGGGACAUUCAACGAUGUCGCUGGCGACCAGAAUAACACCACCAACAAAAAUUCGCACAACGUAAAGGACUCAUACAACACCAAGACCGAGUCUCACCAGGCGGUGAUGGGUACUGGUAACAGAGUGGGUUCGGAUACCAACAAGAACAAUAAGAAUACAGGCCGUUGAUUGGUCUCCAGUGGGACGAUGAACAGGUCCAGGGUCGCGGCAGAACUGUGUGCCAGUGAUUCGAAUGAUCCAGCCUUGUAUUGU